AUGACUGUUCUCACACCGGAGAGAUUGCUCCGAUUAGCAUAUCACUACCCCGAUCUUCAUGAUACAUGGUUUUUAAUGGCUACCGCGACAUUGCUCGAGUUGAACUUGACUGAUGAUAUACCAGCUAUCCUCCACUUUGCUUUGAGACAGCAGUUGCUCGACUUUUGCAGCGACGAGGAAAUGAUUGUGCAAAAUGAAUACAUGCUUAAACUUGCAGAAGAUUCGAUAUUGUCCAGCCAACGGUGCGUGAAGAUGUAUCCCACCGGUGUCAAAUUACCAGAUAUUUUGAUUCCCUAUACGUACUAUAAAAAGAUUCCUUUAACAUUCAAAUACACCAAUGGCGAAGACGUGCGAAGAAAGCAACAGUUGAUUGUUGAUCAAAUGAAAGAAGUGAGCUUAAAACUAGCGUCCAUGGUUGGUUUGCCCAAGGUAAUCAAUGCGUUAACUAUAUUAAAAUCAGCAACACCCAGUCGGCUUGUUGACGAUUCAAAUAAAAGAGGUCUUGAAAUUAAUAUAGUUACAAAUGGUGAGCAGAAAUUGACUAAUGAAAAUGGUACAGGUCACACCGCCUCAAGUACUUCCUCCUCAUCGCCAUCGCCAUCGCCAUCUCCUACCAUGACUAAAAACACAUUAGUUGGUUCCAUCACCACUGACUCGGUUAAUGCUAAACAAGUCAAGUCCAAUCUUAUUUCAGGCUCAAAGUUAUGGAACACAGUAUUUUCCAAUCUGUUAAGUGAAAAGAUUAGAAAGCAAAUGCUUAACGCCUACCCUGACUUGUGGUAUUAUGUCAACAAUCACAUCUAUGCGUACUUGCUUGGCUACAACAAAAUACUCACCGAUAAGAAAACGUCGUUGGUGUUAGUGGCAUGUCUUGUGCCUCAAGAGACCAAUCCGCAACUAAAAGGAUACUUGAAGGGAGCAUUGAAUAAUGGGGCCACAAAGGAUGAAGUUAUGAGCACGAGAAAUCUUGCUAUUAAGAUAUGUGAUUGGAAUGAACAUACUUGGAAAGAAGGCAUUGAGAGCGUGCCCAAGCUAUAG